AUGACCAAGUACGUCAUAUCCUCGAGCCAUGCCUUACAAGAAUAUGUCAAAACAUUCAAUGCGGGGGAUUUCGAUCGGAUGGCUGAUUUCUAUCAUAAAAACUCGGUGAUGGUUGAAAAAGACAAAAGUGUUCUGUUUGGAAAGAAAGAUAUAGUGGCGUCACUUCUUCAAAUGGCAACGGAUCUAGGAAAAACGAGAAUGGAGGUAUUCGUUCCCUGCUUUUUUGAAAAGAAAUCCGCAAUUUGGAUACGUCCAAGAAAGGGGAACCGCUCACGCUAG